AUGGAGGUACCCAACCAGAUACUCAUUGCUCUGGAGAUUGCCGUAUUCGUUGUGUUGGGACUGUUUGGAAACUUCAACUUUCUAUGUCUGACCUAUACAAAUCCACAACUCCGUUCCAAAUCUUGUGAGUCACACUUCAUACUUCAUUAAUUCUGAAAUUGCACAUUUCGCAGCAUAUCUCCAAUGCGCACUCAGUGUCUCCCACAUCUUCUGUCUUCUGUUCGAACUUCCGAACGCCGGACUGCUCUUCACUGGAAUCCAACUGAAACGGAGUGUUUGUUUCCCGGCCAUCGCCAUCUACAUCUUCUUCAUCUGCGCCCAGGCAGUCAUCAUGCUUCUUUUGGUUGUGGACAUUUUCCUCAUAGUAUUUUUUCCUGCUUUGUAAGCCUGAAACACAGGGUUCUAUAAAUCUAUGCAUUUCAGUUACCGUCGCGUGGACAAUUUCUCCUACACAUUAGGAAUGCUUCUUCUGCCGUUUGCGUAUUCAGCUUUCACAGUCAUUUGGGGAUUCAUGAACAUGAACGAUGAGCUGGUCUCGUAUUGCAAUCCACCCGUGGGCCUUCAUCCCACAGUCAGCAGGUGGUGGUCUCUUUCGAACGUCGUUCUUAACACCACUACUUUCAUACUCUUCGUGGUUCUUAUCACGAUUUUUCAUUACAGAGGUACGGUUUUGACUAAAGAUUCAUCGGAUUAUCGUUAUUGUUGCAGGCAAAAAGCAGAGAAGUGAUACUCGACAAGUGAUGAAACGGCUGCAAGUGUCCGUGGUCGUCUUCAUUCUCUCCUGGUACAUUGCCAUUCUGGGCGUCGACCUGUUCACAACUCUUGGCUACCAAGGACAGCAACUCGCCACUUUUCAAAGCAACAUGAUUUUCUUUGCAUUGCUCUGUUAUACACAGUCGUUUUAUGUGAUUCUAUGGAGAGCCGCCGAGUACCGGUUGGCUUUUUUUAAAUUUUGGAGUCGCUUCGGUUGUUUCAAAAACUCGGCAACCAGGAAGUGGAUGGACAAAUCUGGAAGGAUCACAACUGUAGUUUCCACUGUCGAUUCGUCCAAACAUUGAAUGUUUAUUAAUAAACGUAAAGAUUCUUCCUGUUGGCAAUCUAGAUUUCCUAGUAAUCCAGGUGCGUCUGUCAGUUGGUCGGAUUAGUUUCAAAACUGUUUUCUGGACUAAGGUACUCAAUUGUUCUUUAGGAACCCAAAUCACGCGUGAAAGUUAAGCCUUUCUCCCUAACCGCUCUCUCAUUUCAUCAGUGAUGUCUUGCAGUUUCUUAACUAUUAAUCACGGAUUACCAGGCUGUGAGUCCCGUGGUUUUGUCUUUAAUAAAUUGUUAAUCUUCCAGGUUAUUGUUCGCGUUAGGCAUUGAACCGAGCACGAUAAAAGCGUGGCGGGCCAAGGAUAAUGCUGACGUUAGCGCUCGUUAACCGUCGAUUCAGCACGUAAGGUGAGUCAAAAUAUUCAGGAAUAGGUCAAACAAUCAUUGUGUCUGAUAUUUUGCUCUAAUGAUGUUGAUGUUAUUUGUAGAAAUUGUAUAGCUAGACACGUAGCCCUACGGAGAGUUUGAGUAAACAUUUUGUUCCGCAAUCCGCAUUGCUUCAAGAAAGAUGAGCUCGCUGGUGGAGCUCGGUAAUCAAAUCUUCAUCGCUUCUGAAAUUGUGCUAUUCAACGUGCUCGGACUGUUUGGAAACUUCAACGUUCUCUGUCUUAUCUACGCAAAGACACAGUUGCGAUCAAAGUCGUGUGAGUCCCCGACCCUCCCAUUGGAAGGAUUAUACCGUUAUGUUUGAAGCUUACAUCCAAUGCGCUCUCAGCAUCUCCCACAUCUUCUGUCUUCUGUUCGAACUGCCGAAUGCCGUGCUGCUCUUCACUGGAAUCCAACUGAAACGAAACGUGUGCUUCCCGGCUAUUUCCAUCUACAUCUUCUUCAUCUGCGCCCAGGCAGUCAUCAUGCUCAUGCUCGUCGUCGACCUCUUCAUCAUUGUUUUCUUUUCCGCAUAGUCAGCCUGAGCAUCCGCCUCUAAAUAUCUCACAAUCCUUUGAUUUUCAGCUACCGUCGCAUAGACAACCUCUCCUACACGCUCAUGAUGCUCUCGCCGCCUUUCGUCUAUUCGGCAUUCACCGUCGCAUGGGGAUUUGUGAAGAUGGACGACGAGUUAGUCAUCUUCUGUAAUCCGCCGAUCGGACUGCAUCCGAUCGUCAGUAGGUGGUGGUCCUUCUCGAAUGUCACUCUCAACUCGGUCACUCUCUUCCUCUUUCUCUUCCUUAUGGUCAUCUUUCAUUUUAGAGGUACAUUUGAAACAGUGUAACCCGAAACAUUUCACGUUUUCAGGUAAAAAGCAGAAGAGUGACACCCGCAAACUGAUGAACCGUCUCAAAGUGUCCGUGGUUGUGUUCAUUUUCUCCUGGUACAUGUGUACCCUCGGCGUCGACAUGUUCGCAGCUCUAGGGUUCACCGGCUCUGCUCUCGCCUUCUUCCAGAGCAACAUGGUCUUCUUCGCGCUCCUCUGCUACACACAACCCUUCUAUGUUAUUCUAUGGCGCUCAUCCGAAUAUAGAUUGGCUUUUGUGGAGUUUUGGAGUAUCUUGCGUUGUUUCAAGAGCUCUAAGACUAAGAAAUGGCUCGAGAGAACUGCAAAAAUGACUACGAUAGUCUCCACAGUAGAAAAUUCCACGAAGCAAUGAUAGAAAUGUGUCCAAUCGCUCUUUGAUCAUCAAAUAAAUUGUUUGAAGUACAAAAACUUUCCAGUAAUUAUUCAAGUCCGCGCAGAGUGCAAACUGUUCGCCUCUCGGGUGGUACACGAAGUGACACCAUCAACUAUAAGUUUGCAAGAGAACCUUCUAAGCGUGUCGGCCAACAUUGCAGCUGCGCCGGUGUUUCAUUUCUGAGCAGAUCGAAAAACUAAAAACUCAAAAGACCGUAAUCCAACAGAACUGAAAUGACCUGGCAAUUGUCGAAUUCCGAGUAUCAAACGGGCCUGACGCCAUUCUAUGGAAUGGGUGCAGAUCUAUGUUGUCCGCGACCAGGAACGUACUUGUUUUCCUGGUCUCUCGUACUCGUAAUCUGAAGUCUAGGAUUCAUCGGAUUACCGCUCCCUAUUCGGUCGCUAAACAACUUUUUCAACCUUUAAUAAACACACUGAAAUCUUUUGAAACUAUAUUUGAUUUCUAUUUCGGAUUCGCAACCAAAAGCUAAAGUUCAACCUCCUCGAUCGUCUCCUCACUUCACUCAAUUCUACCAUUUGUGCCCCCCCCCCCAAUCAUUUCGCGAUCAUUCAAUGUGUGGGCAUCAGUGCUUGCGGUUCAAAUUAAUCGCAUUUUCAAACAGAUUGGCUGCGCGUUCCGGGGUCUAGGUGAAAAAAGUAAACUCAUCAGGUGCCCGCCACACAAACCAUAUUUUUUAAUGAUGAGUGCACUACAGUACCUCUCCUUCGUCUAUAUAAAUCGUUUUUUGUGUACAAGCAACGAUUGUUGACAAGACAAGAGAUGGCAACAUCCUCCUACUGCUGCUGUCCUCUCCGCUUAUAAAUACCGCUUAUCAUCGGUUUCUGUUUCAGGUAUGCCUACAACUUUCAUUGUUGUUCUCGUCAGUCUGCUCCUGAUUGGCAACAAUGAAGCACAACUCGGCCAGCUCUUCCAGCCAUUUGUAGUUGGUCCUGAGAAUCCGAACAACCGGAGCCAUCUCGUGCUCACCCAAGAGUUGUGUGCUCAAGAUGAAUGCAUUCUACAGAAAGGAUGGACUCAAGAAGACGUCUGUGCUUAUAUUAAGUGCAACAAUGAGGCAUGCGAAGGCGGCGGAUAUCUUCAAUGGUCCGCGUAUGUGAAGUGCGAGCACAGAACCACCGUUCGGGUGAGUUUCGACCGCUUAUCAGCCCCUAAUCAGCAAAAAAACUUCAGGUUAUUUUGAUCAUUGUCAGCAUAGUCUAUCUAUUUUUCCUUUUUGUUGUGAUGACUGUCGUCGCUGACGACUUCUUCUCUCCCUCCAUUGCCGGCAUUGUCAGACAUCUGAAGAUCAGUGAAUCUAUUGCUGUUAGUUGUCACAUUAUGAUCCGUUCAAAGUUAAACUUCAGGGUGUCACAUUUCUAGCGUUCGGAAAUGGGGCUCCGGAUGUGUUCGGAAGUAUCGCUUCAGUUAUCACUAGUCCCAAACCUAAGGCAGAUUUGGCGAUUGGAGAUAUUCUUGGUUAGUACAGUAACCAUCAAGUUCAUCGUUGAAAUCAGUGUGCUUCAGGAGGCGGAAUCUUUGUGACUACCGUAGUCCUCUCAGCAAUCAUCAUUACCAAAUCCUUCAGAAUUGCAGUGAGUGCGCCUUCAGACUUUGAAAUUGAUCCGCAUUCCAAUUAGAUUCUUGCCACCGUCCGUGAUAUAGUCUUCUUUAUAAUCGCUGACAUUUGCAUUGCCGUCUGGUUUCUCAACUUUGACCACGUCGAAAUUUGGAUGCCUCUCAGUUGGUUACCCUUUCCCAUCACCUCCCAAUUCCAUUCAUUUCAGCAUUUCUCGGCCUCUAUGCCGCUUACGUUGUCUCGGUGAUUCUGAUGAGAUGGAAUUCGAAAAAAAGAAAAAGAGUGAGACAGUUGAAAGCGGAAAGUACGUAGGCUCAAACAAGGACAUUCAUGGGCUAUGCUGGGUUUUCAGAAGCCAGAAAGGAGAGUACUGUAAACCAUCACACUCAUAAGAUCUCCACAGUAAUCAGUGUUCUGAUGGACUACGCGCAUGUUCUCAACUUUCUCGCCAAUAAUAAAAGUGAAUAGUUUGCAUCCCAAUUUCUUUCGAUUGAUCUCUGUUUUCAGUUACUGCGGCUACUGCAAACGUGAAAUCGUUCCUGGAUGGAAGAGACUUUGAGAACAAGGACCUGGAAGGCCUUGUAGAUGACCAAUGGGACGGAGACGACGAAGGAAUCGAGGCAGAAUUCCACAUUGCCCACCGUCACGUCUACAAAUCGUACGAUGAGGCGAGUCUCGCAUUCACAGAAGUCGAGGAGAUCCAGCCGAAAAGCUGGAAGUCCUGGGAUUGGGUCCGAGAUCUCGCCAACCAUUUGAGACCGUGGCCGACGAGGGACCAGUUCUGCGAGCACAGUCUCUUCUCGAAGAUCAUCUCCAUUGUGGCCGUGCUCCCGACGUUCUUCCUCAAGCUGACUGUCCCAUCGAAUGAGAUGCCUUGGUCCAAACCGUUGCUCAUCGUUCACUGCUUCUGCUCCAUUCAAUUCGCUCUUUUCGCCAUUCAAAUCUCGGAUAACUCACCGUUUCACGGCAGUCCAGGACUAUGGCUGUACGGGUUGUUCGUCUCCACGUGUCUCAGUCUUCUCGCCCUAAUGUUCACUCCUCUAGACAGAGAGCAAAAGCACUAUCGGGUACGAUUUCAGUACAAUGCCUAGAUAGAUAUAUAGAUUUUCAGGAGGUCUAUUCAUACUUUGGCUUCUUGAUGUCAAUCGCAUGGAUCUAUGUAACAUCCUCCGAAAUCAUCAAUGUUAUCACUAUGAUUGGUGUGCUAACGGGCAUUUCACAGGAGAUCCUGGGACUGACCAUCAUGGCGUGGAGCAAUUGUAUCGGAGACGUCGUUUCCGACAUUGCCGUGGUCAAACAGGGAUUUCCAAAGAUGGCGAUGGCCGCAGCGAUCGGAGGACCUCUUUUCAGUGAGCAAAUAGUUUCAUUUGAUAUCAAGAAUGUCUCAUUUUCAGAUCUCCUGGUUGGAUUCGGUCUCCCUUUCACAAUCGCGUGCCUCCAGGGAAAGCAAAUCGACCUGCAAAUCAAUCCAAUCUACCGGCUGCUCAUUCUCUUCCUCGGAAUCUCACUCAUAACUUCUCUUAUCGGUUAG